GACCCUUGGGAGCCCGCGCACACACCCCUGCACCCGUACCUGACUGACAGCUCCCCCUGAGGGAGCUUGGGUCGCUCGUUGGGGUGGGUGUCCAGAGCCGCGCUCCUCUGUGCCCCCCGACGGCCGGGGGGAGGGGGGAAGAGGCCCCGCGCCCCCCUCCCCGUCGCCAACUCCCCCUGGCGGCAGCUCCCAUGGGUGUCGCUGGGCCGCGCCAUGCCUAAGGGGGCGCCGCGAUGGGCCAAGGGGACGAAAGCGAGCGCAUCGUGAUCAACGUGGGCGGCACGCGCCACCAGACGUACCGCUCGACGCUGCGCACGCUGCCCGGCACGCGGCUUGCCUGGCUGGCGGAGCCGGACGCCCACAGCCACUUCGACUAUGACCCGCGCGCCGACGAAUUCUUUUUCGACCGCCACCCGGGCGUCUUCGCUCACAUCCUGAACUAUUACCGCACCGGCAAGCUACACUGCCCGGCCGACGUGUGCGGUCCGCUCUACGAGGAGGAGCUGGCCUUCUGGGGCAUCGACGAGACGGACGUGGAGCCCUGCUGCUGGAUGACGUACCGCCAGCACCGCGACGCCGAGGAGGCACUGGACAGCUUUGGUGGCGCGCCCCUGGACAACAGCGCGGACGACGCGGAUGCCGACGGCCCUGGCGACUCAGGGGACGGCGAGGACGAGCUGGAGAUGACCAAGAGACUGGCACUCAGUGACUCCCCAGAUGGCCGGCCUGGCGGCUUCUGGCGCCGCUGGCAGCCGCGCAUCUGGGCGCUGUUCGAGGACCCCUACUCAUCCCGCUAUGCGCGGUAUGUGGCCUUUGCCUCCCUCUUCUUCAUCCUGGUCUCCAUCACAACCUUCUGUCUGGAGACCCAUGAGCGCUUCAACCCCAUUGUGAACAAGACGGAAAUCGAAAACGUUCAAAACGGCACACAAGUGCGAUACUACCGGGAGGCGGAGACGGAGGCCUUCCUCACCUACAUCGAGGGCGUCUGCGUGGUCUGGUUCACCUUCGAGUUCCUCAUGCGCGUCAUCUUCUGCCCCAACAAGGUGGAGUUCAUCAAGAACUCACUCAAUAUCAUCGACUUUGUGGCCAUCCUCCCCUUCUACCUGGAGGUGGGCCUCAGUGGCUUGUCCUCUAAAGCUGCCAAGGACGUUCUGGGCUUCUUGCGUGUCGUCCGCUUCGUGCGCAUCCUGCGCAUCUUCAAGUUGACCCGCCACUUUGUGGGCCUGCGGGUCCUGGGCCACACGCUCCGUGCCAGCACCAACGAGUUCCUGCUGCUCAUCAUCUUCCUGGCCCUGGGUGUGCUCAUCUUUGCCACCAUGAUCUACUACGCUGAGAGGAUAGGGGCGCAGCCCAAUGACCCCAGUGCCAGCGAGCACACACACUUUAAAAAUAUUCCCAUUGGCUUCUGGUGGGCUGUGGUCACCAUGACGACACUGGGCUAUGGAGACAUGUAUCCUCAGACGUGGUCUGGUAUGUUGGUGGGAGCAUUGUGUGCUCUGGCAGGAGUGCUGACCAUUGCCAUGCCGGUGCCCGUUAUCGUGAACAAUUUCGGGAUGUACUACUCUUUAGCCAUGGCUAAGCAGAAACUACCAAAGAAAAAAAAGAAGCAUAUUCCACGGCCACCACAGCUGGGAUCUCCCAAUUAUUGUAAAUCUGUCGUAAACUCUCCUCACCACAGUACUCAGAGUGACACAUGUCCGCUGGCCCAGGAAGAAAUUUUAGAAAUUAACAGAGCAGAUUCCAAACUGAAUGGGGAGGUGGCGAAGGCCGCGCUGGCGAACGAAGACUGCCCCCACAUAGACCAGGCCCUCACUCCCGAUGAGGGCCUGCCCUUUACCCGCUCGGGCACCCGCGAGAGAUACGGACCCUGCUUCCUCUUAUCAACUGGGGAGUACGCGUGCCCACCUGGUGGAGGAAUGAGAAAGGAUCUUUGCAAAGAAAGCCCUGUCAUUGCUAAGUAUAUGCCGACAGAGGCUGUGAGAGUGACUUGA